AUGAAGCACCUAUUUCGAACGAGUAGACUUCUCGUUUUUAUCUUUCUGCUAGUUGGUUUUUCGUCUAAAACACCGAUCUUAGCGAACGAGAAAAAUUUUCACCCAGAUGUAUGUUCGCCACAGACCCCAGACUGCUAUUUUGAACGUUUUUCAAAGCUAAAGUUACCACGAGUGGAACCGAUACAGGCAAGUGAGAUCUCAGUUUUGUACAAAAAAUUCUUGUAUUUAAAACCACUAAACUAUAGCUAUCACAAAACAAACCCAUAAUCUCAUUUGAUUUCAAAGCAAAUAUACACGUUCAGUUGCCGAUUGGCCUGCGUGCAUUUAAACAGACGUGAUAUUAAACCAACCUAUUCAAAAUUUUCAAGAAAAUUUACAUAAAGUGAUCUGAAAAGUUCCAAUAUGAAGUGGACGGAAGGAACCUUUUUAAUAUCCAAAACGGAAAUUUAUUUUGCUCCUAUCAGACUCAGGUUCUGUCAGGCUUAAUCCUAUCGCUAUUUUUUGUGCAUUUUCCUUUCCUUUCCCACCUUUUUAUCUGAUUUCUUUAUGGGACUUAACCAGCCGUAUCGGUAAAAAAAAUCCCUCAAUAAGAUAAAUGCCGCUGUCGAGGAGGGAGCGAGAUCGGCCGAAAAAGAAGAACAUUUAUUAAGAAUUUAGGGUUGAAAAUAAAUAUUUUAUCAUCGUUUCUUGCGAUGGAAGUUCAAUGUAAUAGAAAACUUUUGUCAGACAUGAAUUACUUGCAAUAAAUUGCCAAUACAUACGAUCAUUAAAGCAGUUCAAAGUCAAUAUCACUCAAGCUAAAUCGAUUACUAAUGGUUUAACCGCGGUUUUUAAGUCUUGCUAUCAAAGGAAUACACGUAACUGCUUGUAAAGCUCGAUCGACACUGCGCUAAAUUCGCGAAAUUGUAUGACUGGAUAAAUCACUUUUAGAAACGUUCAUAAUCUUGCGUCGAAGUUGCACCAAGAAGAGCUAAAUUGACCGCAAAAUGUUUGAACAGAUCUUGAGGAGACAUAUGAAAAUUCCGUUUGGGGCACGGUCCAUUGAGUCACGUGGGCGACAGACGAGCUAUUUUAUCUUAAAAACACCUGUUUUUAUUGCAAUUAGAACUCAACAAUUCACAGACAUUUCGCUUUUAAAGAUUUCCCUUUACGUGAAAAAAGGAUGUGUUAAGGACCUAAAGUAACUUUUCUAGGCCACUUUUCAUGUUUUUUAAAUUAUUUCUGUUGUUGAAAGUGUAUUUUAUUCGUUUAUGUCGUUAUUUUCUAUUCUCUCAACGGCUGAAUAAGAUACGGUGGGAAGAUUAUCUUUGUCUUAAAUGAUAAUUCAUGAAAAUUAGAAGGAGAAACGAAUCGAGCACUUGAUAAUGAAGAAAUGUGAAACGGUUUCCGUGUUUACAUAGCCUGAUGUAAACACGCGGGAGGUUGGGAGAACACGAGAUAAGCGUAGGAAACCACGACGCGAAGCGGAGUGGUUUCCAGCUUACAUCAGGCUAUGUAAACACGGAAACCAUUUUACAUUUCUUUUAUAAAAUAACUAAUGAAAGAGGAACGAAAACCGUGUUUACAUACGCUCAUGUAAAAUGGUUUUAUGGCCAAUCAGAGCGCGCGUACUAUUUGAAUUAUUUUAUAAUAGCUGGUUAAGUACUUAAGAUGGACAUGGUCAUUCUGGACGAUCGGCGAUUUAAUUCUCCCAACUAAAUACCCUACAUUUCUUCGUUACCUAAGCUGAGAAUUUGAUAUUUGGUUGAAAUGGAUAUUAUAAGAAGAAUUCACUCAAACAAAGUUUAUGAAUCAAAAUUGCCAAAAUACCUCUGGCUUCUUCCCAUUGACUCCUGUCACAGAGAUGGACUCCUACCCAUGCAUCUGCUCCCCACUAUCCCCUCCCGCCAAAAUACUUGCCAAGAAAAAACAUGGAGAGGGCUUGGGAAGAAAUAUUUAUACUUUUUGUCCACUGUAGGUCGGACAUGUUAGAAAACUAAAUUUGAUUGAUGGUGAUGAACAUAAGAUGACAACAGUCGCUAUACACCCUCCCAUAUUUGGUAAGUAGGUAGGAGUAUUUGAAGAAACUUUACGAGAAUUGAUCAUUUAGCUCCAGCUGAUCCCAAGUCUCGUUUACGACACCUACCGUAAGCAUACACGAGGCCCGAUUUGAGCUUUAAUAAAUAGGACAAUGUACGCAUCAUGCUUGUAAUUUCACGAUGUAACUAAACAGUCUACGCGUCAUGCCUGUGCAAUUGGACAGUGCGCAUAAAGUGCGCGCGCCAUUGCUGCGCAUUUCGUUGAGUUAACUGUUGUUUUCUCUGAUGAAAACUUUCAAAGGAUACCUAGUUUAUCUCUCAAAUUUUGUCCUAGAUUUUUUCAAUUGGUAACAGGACCUUGUGCCAACCAUUUCUGUAUAUAAUCAUACUGGUGAGUAACAAAUCAAAUUCCAAUUUUGUUACUAUCUCGUAUGAUUAGAGACCGAAUUGGACUGCACUCUGAUUUAUUAUCUUUAUUAAUCAGUGCGAGCAGUUCAGGCGACCCACAAAGUCCAUAGCUAUGGUUCAAAUUUAAACUAAAACUCGUAGAAAAUAUUUUCAAGAACUCAGUACAAAGAUUCAAUCAGGCUACCCACCGUAACUUUAAAUAGACCACUGACUAUAAACUCUCCGCACAAGAAAAAGUAAUCAGGAUAAGCUCAUAUAGUACACUUUUCUCACUUAACAACUUUCAGAAAUUCCCAAUUUUUUGUCAAACGAAGAGUGUGAUCAUAUAAUUGAGUUGGCAAAGAAGGAAGGCCUACAGACAUCACAAACACUCAAGGAAGGAGUCAAGCAGGACAUGAUAGCGCUGGGAAAAAAUACCAAAAAACAUUUUGACUUUUGGGAUCCAAACAAAGAUGGGCAAAUCGACAUAGACGAGGUACAUUCAGAAUCUAAGACAAGUGUUCUACAUCCUGUAGAUUUAGAUGAAUGCGACAUUUUAUGAAUAUUUUUCACGCGCAAAUCGUUAAAAAUAUCUAAUUAGUUGGAAAGCUUCUCCAGCACAAUGUUUACCGGUUUUCUCUUACCCCUCUUCCCCCCCCUUUCCUCUUCCAAUGUUAUAUAAUAAUUGCUACGAGUGUGACGUGAAACGACUGCACUUUUCCUGCAAAUUAUUUAGUUCGGCUACUUUGUUUUAUUUCAAAACAGAUGAUUAAAGGUCUGGAAACUAAUUUGGACUUCACCCCAGAUAAGGAGACUCUGCUCACGAUGUAAGGAAAUGGAACAAGGACUGGUUUGGUAAACAAACAAAAAAAACAUUAACACAGUCAAAUAGUUUGAAUAUUAAUUUGAGUAUUGUUACAAUUCACAACGACCAAUCAGAAAAAACUAUAAGGUAUAACGAAUGAGAACUCGUUGCAAAUACACGUGAAAGGCAAAUUGCAGAAAAUCCAAAAUCACACAUGUGACAAGUGCAGGAUUGGGUUCGAUAUCGCUUAGGAAUGGUUGAAUUCAAAGCUUGUGGUUUUCUUUUUCCAUUUUGAAAAGCAGCCAAAAACUAACUGUUAGUUUUUCGGGGAAUGAUUCCCCGAUUCCUUUCGUGUCUCUAUUGAAGGUACGAAUAUUUGGGAUUGGACAAAGAUCAUGACGGUGAGUAGUUUUAAAAUUAUGAGUUCGUCACCGAAUAUUUGGGCCAUCUUAAUUAACGACACAAGGUUAGCCGGAAAUGACAAUUAAUUUAAGCUUUGACCAGAUUAUCAAAACCAUUCUAAAACCUCGCGUCUUUUUAAUCGAUCAUCAUACCGACACUGUCUAUUAACAUGAAACCACUAAGCGAAGUGAAACAAAUCAGAGGUCAUACAAAUGGUUUACUGAGCUCACCAGAGGCAACGUAAUCAGAACGGCCAAUCAAAACGAAGGAAAUGUGAUAAGAAGCCAAUUAAAACUCAAAAUAAAUACAUAAGAACGACCUUACGCAGAUGAAUAAAGGGGUAAGUUUCUAAAGAAACUGUGGUGCUGCGUCGGUGGGAGAGUAUAGCAGGUAAUUUAGUGCUAACAACUGGGUUGAAAACGUAAAUUAGCCACCGUGAAGGGUAAAAAAGCUGACGUUUCGAGCGUUAGCCCUUCGUCAAUCGCUCUGACGAAGGGCUAACGCUCGAAACGUCAGCUUUUUUACCCUUUACGGUGGCUAAUUUACGUUUUCAACACAGUUGUUAACACUAAAUUACCGACCUUACGCAGACACGGGUAAUGAGUAAUCAUCGGAUUGGUUGAGGGAAUGGGGUCUAGACCAAUCACCGAGCGUGGUAAAGCAAAAUUACUGAUUCCCAGAUGAUGACAUUUGAAAGACGCUUUUACAUAGCAAUAUCUAACAACAUUGUAUGGGACAGCAUCCUUUUCAAGAUAUAGAUGACCGCAUUGAACAAUAUAUGCUGACGAAGGUCUUGAAUUUCAGUGAACCAUUGCAAUUUCAGGAAAUAUAGACUUCGUAGAAUUCAAGCAGAGAGACAUUCCUGAGAUGGCCAGGUAUAUAGGAAAAGUGAAGGAUGAAAAGCCGCAUACAAAGAGUCGACACAGCCGUCAAGCCUGGAUUCAGAAUUACUCGAGGAAUUCUAAUAAAAUCAUGGCUUCUUUACAAGACAGGUGAGCCCAUCAAAUACCGCAUGCUUCAUGCCAUUCACUCCCGGGAGUGACCAAUAUCUAACUUCUCUGUGAGCUAGAAGUAUAAGCAAUGCAUGACAGAAGGAAAUAUUGAUAUUGUAAUAUUGUACUCGUAAGUUCCGAAGUGGAGUGGAACAUUUAGACUGCAUAAUGCGAGUCUUCCUUAGGCGAUAAGGUCGACUAGGUAGUCCGUAGAAUUAAUUAAUACGUAAAAUUCCCAAAGUUCAGCUAAAGUGAACUCGUUAGGUGUACGAUAAAUGACUAUUACGGAAUCCCCUCCACUCGUUCUUUGUCUUUUAUUUCGCCUGCUCGCCCCAGAAAGGUCUGUGUUAACUGUUUAAACAGUAUGUAUUUCAUUUCUUCCAUACUUUAACUGAUCUCAUUGUCCUUAGAGUACAACGGCUUACAAAUCUUCCCUUGGAACUGAUUCUAGCCAGCGAGUAUAUGCAAGUAAGUUAAAUCGAGUCGUUAAACUUAUCAAACAGCUUUUAUGUUAUUCAUUGGUAAUUCAUUAAAGGAGUUGCACUAUGUUUUUGUAUCUCAGAAGAUUUACCCGAAGUGCUUUAGGAUGAUCCUGUGCAAUUCGUAAUAAUCUUUUCCAUUCUUCUGGUCUCUUUAUGACUUUGGUAUUUUUCUAUUCUGGCAAAUGAUCACUGAUCCUAAAACCUCCUUCUAUUGACCCCUUUACACCAUAAGAUCAGUAGUGAUAUUCUCCUUCCCUUCUCUUUACAGAAUUUGUUUAAAUAAUUUGAAGCAUCUUUAGUAAGUGUUCAUUUACUUCAUUCUCAUAACCUUUUAGUUUGAUGCAGAGGUAAUUCUGUGGGGAGGAAGUGGAUGCUUGUCACUAAGAAAUUCUUCCUGAUGCUAGAAAUGGAUCAUAAUAUCGUGAGAUUUGUGCUUUCACAGGUGGUAUCUUAUGGUCCAAUGGGUCACUAUAAUUGUCACCUGGAUUCAGACUUGAUCAGGCCCAAUAAACCAUGUUGUCAUUAUGUGGGAAGUGAGCUUGGUCAUUGUAGAGUUUGCAGGUAAGGUUAAUUAUCAAGGUGGUUAUUCGAAGACACUUUCGGUGUAGGCGAAGCCUCUCUCACGAGCCCCUUUCGCUAGCUCAAGGGGGUUGAGUCUAAACGCUGACGCCCCACAUAUGGUUUUUCCUCCUGUGCCAGACCAUGAAGACGUUCUUGGGACAAAAAAGACCCUGUACUGAUUGGGCUCAAAGUUUUAACACGAGGGACACACGGCAAAACCAAACAACCCUUCCCCAACUCUCCCCUCCGAAAAAAACCCCCCGAGUGACAGAGGAUAUGCUAUAUAAUACGUGACUGUGGAAAUCAUACGUUGCGCAUAUGCAGAGAAAAUAAAAGUCCUACUCCUUCUCGAAAAUUGUGUUGAAUGUUUCGAUAUACUGAUGAGGAAACAUAUUUUGAAAACAGUUUUAUUUUACUCAGAUAUGCAACGAUACUGUAUUUCUUGGACAACGUCGAGGAUGGAGGAGAGACUGCAUUCCCUGUUGCUGACAACAUAACGUUCGACAAAGAGGUAGGAUAACAGUUCUGUUUUGUCCAAGAAAGAUGGGGCCGGCCACGAGUUAAAAAUCACAUCUGCGAUAAAAACAAGUAUAAAAAAAAAACCCUAUUGGUCCUCACAACUACGUCCCAGCCCUUUGAGCCAUUAUAACAACGUGUUUUCCUUCCCGGACAGAUCGCUUAGUAAAAGUUACCUUUUGUCAAAAAACACAUGUCUACGUGGAAUAAAGAAUUCAAGGUAUUUUAAGCUGCGAGCUCACAACGAUGCAAAAUAAACUUAAGAAAAUGACUCAGAAUACCGUGAGACGACCUCUUUGUUUGUUUUCUUUUUUUUUCACCAACUGCGUGGUUGCAUUAUAGGAAUGGAUGCGCGACGCGAACAACGUGUGUAAUUUAGCCAAGAACUGCCAAAAGGCGAAUGUUGUAGUUAAGCCAGAGAAAGGGAAAGCUGUGCUAUGGUACAAUCAUCAUGUUGACAACUCUACUGGUUGGCUUGGUCAACUUGAUCGAUACACUUUUCACGGCGGAUGCGACGUAAAGCGCGGCACGAAAUGGAUUGCAAACAGCUGGAUUAGCGUUGGAGAGGACAGAGAGAAAGAUAUCUUGAACUGGAUCGAACUUGCUGAUUAUGAAGAGGAGAAAUCUGACGUUAAACCUUCAAUAGAUUCGGGGACAGAUUCAACCCACGAAGAAUUGUGACUGUGUUGUUAAAGUGGGACUGGACCGAGGACCACUCGCCUUUGCUGGGC